CUCGCCGAAAAGGAUCUAGACCUAGAACAUGACAUCACUAGAUCCCAAACCUGAAAAGCCUCCGCAGCAUUUACCCUCUAGAUAACACGAGGCUCACUUUUGAAGCUUCAUCACUCUGAAGAAACGAACUUAUAUCUCUACGCAGAUAAGAACUAGUCUUUGACUCUAUUUACUCUGUGCGAAUCAAGUCCAGGUGUCUUCGAUCGGUACCAGCGACCACUCUCCUAUCUUUCUUGUUGUUGUAUCACGAUCCCGCAACAAAAAGAAUCAUCACCAACACUAAGCCAUGGGUUCCUUCAACGACCAUGGCUUCUCUGUAAUCCAUCUCUCCAAAGACGGAUGGUCCACUGAGGAUGAAGCUACUGCCACGUGCUUUUGUGGAGCUGUGCAGGUGGUUCUGCCACUCCAGAAACCUGGUUUGAUAAACCGUCAUGUUUGUCAUUGCCUCGACUGCCGCAAGAUUGGUUCUGCCUUUUACCAAUCUAACAUCACCGUGGCGGACUCACAUCUCAAGCACGUUCGUGGUGAGAAAAAUCUCGCGACCUUCAACGAGGCUACUACAGUACGGGCAAACGCAACAAUGACGAACCAUUUUUGCAAGACAUGCGGGACUUUAAUGUACCGUCGCGGCGCUCGAUUUCCCGACAUGACGAUCUUGCGCACUGGCACUGUCGAUGAUCCCACUUUAGCAGAGACCAAGUUACGGCCGCAGGUAGAACAGUUUAUCGAAAGGAGAGUCACCUGGUCGGUGCCUAUUGAAGAUACGGCGCAGACAGUAGGAAUGCAUCAGCCCUCGGACAUUGCGGGGAUUCCGUGAGAAUCUCAAUACCUUUGUGCAACUGUCUGGAAUCCUGACGUGCGAAGCGAGCUUGCGGGCUUGCGAGCGAUAUAGUAUACACACAAAUCUCGUUGUUAAAAUUAUCACUGUUCAGUAAUGGUAUCAAACUAAAGUAACCCUAACAGGUAGUCCGCUUCUUAAAAGCGGUUCAGUGAGCGAUAGUGCUAGAUAAUGUGUAUCUUGGGAACUCAU